GUCCGCUCAUACAAUCGCCGUCCCCCCACCCCCCCCACGAUAAAGUCGCACACGCAACAACGGAACCAUUCCCAUGCCGCAGCCUGCGACCGUUGCCGUUCGCCGACCCGGUGCCAGCGGCCCCCUUGAUAACCAUGCCCACUUUCUUGCGCAAUUUUCGGAGGGAGAGGCACGCAGAGGAGUCGACAGGCGACCGGCGCCGCUGUCCGCCGAGGAGCAUGCAGCGAACCGAAAGCGAUUGGAACGCGCCUUCGUCAAGCCCGUCUUGGCUGAAGCAAGCCAGAUCAACGUCGCUGGCAUUUUUAAAAAAUGGAAACGGUACUGCAAAGAGAAAAACGUGGGCGAUCCGGAGGAGAUUUUGAAAAGCUUGCGACCAGAGAUGACAAAGGAUUUUUUCCUUUUCGUCUGCGGGAACUACACCAUCAAAUCAUGGGGUACGACGCACGUGUAUAUCCGCCAGUUCCAGCAGCUAUACACCGUGAUCACGGGCCGUUUUAUGGACCGAAAUAACGCAAGGGAAGUUUAUAAGUACCAUCGUCAAGUCUUGAUCCCUAGCUUCAGCCUUCGGGCCCCCAAUAUCCACGGCAAGCCAGUCGUCAGCGUGGCCGAGCUGCGCGUUAUCCUGACGUUCAACGUCGCUUACGACACGGGCAUCUUCCCCGGCGAACGGCAUCGCAUCAACCUCGCGGGUUGCUAUGUGAUCCAAUGCUAUACCGGGGCCAGGCCCGCCGAGCUUGUCCACAACGAGAGACCGAAACCCAAGGUCGUGAAGGAGCUCUUCGGCUCCAAAGUCGUCCUUUCGUCCAGCGCCGACCAGGGAGAAAGCGAAGGAAGGUGUGAUGAGUCGGACGAUGCUACGCCUGACAAAGAGUCCCGGCGGGUAGACGAGCUGCUGUCUGCGGAAACCAAGGGACGGAACCGGCCGAAGGCUCUCUGCUACGAGGACAUUUCUUUGAUGAUCGUCCGCCAUCCGAUAACGCGCCUGGCAACCCCCGCGAUGGCCAUUAAGUUUGUCCAUCACAAGGGCUCGGACAAUAGACCAAAACCGACCAUCUUCUACUUCACGCCCACCAGGAAACUGAUUUUCUGUCCCGUCAGCAUAAUCAUCGCGCUCGCGCUACAUGACCACGCUUUCGACGCGCGGAGCUUGACAAACGCUUCGCAAGUGCUUGGCACGAACAUCUCGGGGUCCAUGGAGUGCAUGCCUCUGCGGUGGAAGCAGUGCAUGCUCAAAAUCCCCGUUUUCCGUCGCUUCGGCUGCAACGGAGUCCUCUCCGGCACCGAGGCCAUGCUCUAUGCCAAGCUUAGAGAUGAUUUGGCCCGACAGAGCCUAGAUGCGGGAUUCGAGGUUUGCUGGACACCGAAGUUCUUCCGCAGAGGAGCCGCGAACGCUGCGAACGGGAACGCUCCGGACGUCGUCCGAGACCAGAUGAUGCGCCACGAUCCCAAGUUUUCCACUUUUCACGGUGCCUACCUUAACGAAAAGGUUAAAUUCGAUUUGCAGAACACCUUCCUCGAAGAAGAGACGGAAAAUGAGCUGUACAAACUGUUUGCGCACGUUAGCAUCACCCGCGACCGUCGGGCGAAACGUGACAUGGUGCCAGCCGAGGUGUGGGCGAACCUGCUCCCAGACCCCGAAAUCGUCGAAUUGGAAAAGCAACGAGCAGCGCUCAAGCGGGGACAGUAUCGUAUUCACGGCCGGGAGAACGAAAAAGCGGUUCGUGUGCUUACCGAGGAGAUUAAGCGCAAGCGGGCGCAGCGCGAGGAUAGGGUUGUGAGACAAUAUCGCGAGUAUUACUUCUACCACCGGCCGACCUGGGACAUCGAGAGGCAAGCACGGGGAGAGGUGGAGGAGGAGUAUGAAGAGCCCAAGGUGGAGCUUAACAUCCCCGAACGCGCACGGCUUGCCGAAAUCUGGUGUGACCAGCCUGACAACUGGUCUGACGACGAGAUCUUGCGCCACCGCAUUGAAGCCAUCGAUCUGAUGGUGUCUCUUUGUAACAAGCGAGAAACCCGUCGGCGCGACCACAUCCGACAGCGAAGGCAAAUCGAACCUCCCAUCAAGCAAAAAUCGCCGGAUCUUUCGCCCGAACCCGAUUCUUUCCCGCUCCUAAUGGAUCCGAACCAGUGCCCCGACUGCAUCGGCGACGGCCGGCUUUCGACGGCGGAACGGACAUUCAUGUUCUGCCGUCCGACUGUCCGAAACGACCACUUCGAUGACCAGCACCUUGAAGCACGCAAAUUCGCCCAGGGCAGCGGCCAUCCCAUCAGCUGCAAGCACCCCAAAUGUAAAAACGUGAAACUAAAGACAUUAGAUCACUUCCAGAACCAUGUCAUGACUGUUCACGGGGUCGCACUUCGACCGGCGAACCAGGCGGAGAUUCGACGACGCAAGAAAACCGAGCAUCGCAAAAUGGCUCGGGUGCAGGGACAAGGGAGGUAAAGCAGUUUCGCGGGCCAGCAUUGCCAGCCUGCCUUUUCCGCCCGUGGCCUUGAAUUCCAUACUGCAUAUGGCGCAUCCCACGUCAGGCUUUUUUUUUUUUAAAAAAAAAAUAAUAAUUCGCUAUCCGCUGCGCGGUGUUACGAUUACGAUACAGGUGUAAGUUACCUGUUUUAGAGUAAGGUGUUUUGGGUCGGAAAUAGUAGACCGAGUGACUCUGGGGUUUAAAGAAUAAAGCUCGAUAGAUGCAGUCGGCUAGUGGGUAGACUAGGGUGCAAAUUGAGAUUAGCUUAUUGCGAGCCUUAGAUAUUAAGUCAAAGUACCCCCUGUCGGCCACCCCCCCAGACGGCCACCUAGAUCCCCAUACAAACAGGCAAAAACUCACUAUUUUCACAACGCGUUUAAAAAUCGAAUAAAAAUUAUGUAAGAAUGAGAUAAGUAUCAUUUAACAGCCUGAAAGGCAGGCUUUUGCACAA